AUGUGCUCGAAACAGGGAUUCACCAGAAGUACGCUUAGCCAGGUGCUGUCGGCGUGCGUUAUUAACAUUAUCAACUUCGCUCAUGGCACGGCACUUGGUUGGGUUUCGCCGUUUUUACCACUCCUACAGUCGGAUGAAUCUCCUCUGGAUACGGGCCCGGUAACGGUUGAUCAAGGAUCAUGGAUUGGAUCGAUUCUGUGCCUGGGUUCGCUUGCUGGAGCUAUUGUUUACGGGUACUUGACGGAAAAGAUUGGCGUGAAAAAGUGCAUACUUUUCACCGCAAUUCCAAAUAUGACCUUCUGGACUAUGGUAUACUUUGCCAACUCCGUUCAUCAGCUGUAUGUAGCACGAUUUUUAGCUGGUAUGGCCGGAGGAGGAAUCAUCGUCACUUUUCCAUUAUACAUUGCGGACAUUUCGGAUAGCAAAAUCCGCGGAGCUCUCGGGUCCCUACUGGCAGUGUCCGGAAAUUCGGGAAUUCUAUUGAUGUACAUCGUCGGAGACAUCCUUUCGUAUCGUACAGUACCGGUGGUUAUGGCGUUUCUUCCCAUUUUAUUCGUAAUACUGAUGAGCUUUAUUCCUGAAACUCCUCAAACUCUGCUGAAACGCCGAAAUCUAAUGGAAGCCGAACGAUCGCUUAUGUUCUACCGUGGUGUUGGACCAGCCGAGAAAAAGUCGGUCGAGUUUGUGCAAGAGUUUGAACAAUUGCAAAACUUCAUUUUCGAAAGCAAAUGUCAAUCGAACGAACUGGCCUUUGCGGACUUCACAACCGGUCCAGCACGGAAGGGCAUUUUUAUUGGUAUUUUCCUGAUGUUCCUCAAUCAAUUCUGCGGAGUGUUCGCCAUCCAAACGUACGCUGUGUCCAUUUUUGCCGAAUCCGGUUCGACGAUCAGUCCAGGGGCUUCCGCCAUCAUUAUGGGCGGUAUCCAAAUAGUAGGCACCGUGUCGUCAUUCUUUCUGGUAGAUUUAGCCGGCAGAAAGCUACUGCUGUUGGUGUCCACUUUUGGUACGGGGCUGGGCCUGUCCUGUUUGGGAUCGUACUCGUGGUUGAGGUAUCAGGGGCUUAAUUUGGACGAAUACAAUUGGAUUCCGAUCGGCAGUCUUUCGUUGACCGUUUUUCUGUUCUGUAUUGGACUGUGUAAUAUUCCGUUUUUUGUGUUGCCCGAGAUUUUGCCUGCCAAGAUCUGUAACGCUGGGAAUAUCAUCAGUAUGAUAUCGAUCACAAUUUUUUCUUUCAUUACGUUGAAGAUUCUACCGAUUUUGAUUGAAAUGAUUAAUCUGUACGGAGCCGUUGCAAUAUUUGCAAGUACAUGCUACUUGGGACUGAUAGUGAUAGCGCUCUUCAUACCUGAAACGAAAGGAAAGAAUCUCAUUGCAACCGAAAUAGCUUAA